AAAUGCAGCCAAAAGGUCAUGUUUACUUGAGUUCUAUAAAGCAGCUCGCUAGAAAGUUUGCCAAGUAUAAAUGCACCAUAAGAACUUGGCAUGCUAGUCGGAUUCCGUUGACGUUCGUCGUAAUGCUGAUCGUCAUGACUUUGCUGAUUGUCAUCGACCGUGGUCUGUAUCUUCGCAAAUGGGUCUAUGGAAAACUUGCCUACCAACUAGUCAUGAUCGUAUUCCUUCACAUUUGGAUCUUUUUCCUGUUACCAUACUUGACUCGACGUGCUGCUCUGGAAAAUACUGUUGCCCAAGCGUUGUAUGUAGUGAAAUGCCUGUACCUCUUGGUAUCUGCAUGGCAAAUACGUAACGGCUACCCGCAACUCUGCACCGGAAACCUUCUCACCCACGCCUACGGUUUGGCCAAUAUGGUUUUCUUCAAAGUGUUCAUGCUGGUCCCAUUCCUUUUCGAACUUCGUACGGCAAUCGACUGGACUUGGACCGAUACGUCGAUGCCGCUGUUCGAUUUCUUCAACAUGGAAAACUUCUAUGCUGUGAUUUAUAAUUUGAAAUGUGCACGGCAGUUUGAGCAGAGUUAUCCAGCUCCACGAGGUGUACCAAAAGGUGCUUUGGUCAAGUACUUGAUGGGAUUACCAAUGAUACUGCUAAUAAUAUUCCUCGUUUGGUUCCCAUUGCUGGCGUUCUCAUUGUUGAAUCGGAUCGGUGAUAUCUCGAUUCCCGAUCGAGUAAUGAUGUCGAUGUCACUGGAGGGUUACCCGCCCUUGUAUGAGAUCGAAGCUCAAGGAUCCGAAUUACGUCCAAUGACAUCGGAUGAGUUGAAGUAUCUGACGGACACUAUGAGUCGGAGGUACUCUCCAAAUGCUACCAGUUCGAUGAAACGGUCACGAGAUAGUGUAUCGUUUUUGAAGGAGUACUCAACAGCUGAUAUACUGUUGAAAGGCAACUCAUCGAUUAACUUCAUCGUGGUCGUGGAGUUCUCGCGACCGUACGAUGAUGCUAAAAAGGUUGAACAGAAGCACAAAACGCAAUGGACAAUCGAAAUUGAACCACACAGCGAACUACGCUCGGAUUGGUUGGAAGUUGUUCAGAAUGAGGGUAGUGAUAAAACGAUAAUGUUGCCGAAUGCGUUCCCAAGCUACUUGCUGGUUCCGAGCGAAGGCGCUAUCACCGUUCCGUCGCCAAUCGUAUCAGCAAUUCAAUAUAACCAGGACAAUUACCAACGGCCAAGCAAUGCAUCAGAUCGCGAUUGGUUCGACUCUGUCGAACUUGUUAUUGCAAUGUACAUCUCGUUGGUAAUCGUAAUAGGCCGCGUCAUCCGCGGUUUCUUCACACAUAACCCAACGGACGUGAUGAUAACGGAAAUACCUAACCCUGACUUCUUGCUAAAGAUCUGUCUCGACAUCUAUCUCGUCAGAGAGGCCAAGGACUUCUACCUGGAACAGGACCUAUUUGCCAAACUGAUCUUCCUGUUCCGGUCACCUGCGACCCUGAUACAAUGGACCAGGAUGAAAAUCAAACGAGAAUGA